AUGUCCUGCUCCAGCCUGUGCGUGCCCAGCUGCGGCGUGGCCACCCCGGCCCCUGUGGCUGACACCUGCAACGAGCCCUGCGUGCGGCAGUGCCCCGACUCCACGGUGGUCAUCCAGCCGCCGGCCUCGGUGGUCACCUUCCCCGGGCCCAUCCUCAGCUCCUUCCCGCAGCAGAGCACCGUGGGCUCGGCCGGAGCUCCCUACGUGGGAGCCGGUGCCGGGGGCGCCUUUGGGAGCCGCGGGGGCUACGGGGGCUACGGGGGCUACGGGGCCCUUGGGGGUUAUGGGGGUUAUGGAGGUUUUGGGGGCUAUGGAGGUUUUGGGGGCUAUGGAGGUUUUGGGGGCUAUGGCAGCUGUGGCCGCGGUUCCCGCUCCUUCGCGCCUCGCGGGGCCCUGCUAAAGGCCAAAGCCCGGCGGAGCUCAGCGCUGCCGCUGCCCGCGGGCUCCUGCAGCAGCCCCGGCUGCAUUGUGCCGCCUGAGCCGGGCUGGAGCUGCAGCCCCUGCUCAGCGCCGAGAGCUGCAGGGUCCCUGUCGCUGCCGUGUGACCCUGCAGAGCCUGGGCCGGCGCCUCGGGCCUUGCCAGCGCUGCCCCAAAAAGCUGCCCCCUCUCUGCACCCCCGGCCAGCUGCGCCCAGCCUCGGCUCAGGCUCUGCCCUGCUCUGCCCAGCCCCGAGCCCCGCAGCCGCCCUGGCACGGGGCACUCUCUGGGCUGCAGCCCUGGGCUGA